UUCGUAUACUCACCGAUGGCGCGUUCGUUUGAAGACGCAUAAGCUGUUCAGUUGUUGUUCUGAUAUCCAAACGAUCGUGACGAAACAAAGAUAGUAGAUGGCCCGCAGAAGAAGUUAACUACUCUUGUGGAACAUGAAGCUGCAUGUCUACCUUGAAAAAAUCAAGAUUGGGUGCUUUAAUUAGAAAACAAAAUGAAAAUAGAGUUAGCUGAGUUCAACCAGAAGCUGCAAGAUUAUAAGAAGCUUCUGGAACGAUUGCAAGAUGAGCAUGAAAAAUAUCAAAGCAAACGUGAUCGGCUUAGUAAACUCAGCCAACGGCGUUGCUCGUCCAUUCGGAAACCAGAUGUUGUUUGCUACAUGUGUAACACAAACAUAAAAAUCGAAGAUGGUAACAGUUUCGCAACUUGUCGUGGUUGCGAAAAACUAGUGUGCCGGAGUGAAGAGAAACGAUGCUGCGAAUGGAUAUCUGCGAUUGGCAUUUGGGAAUGCAAAAACUGCAGAUCCAAUCGAGUAAUUCAGCAGAAGGCCGGAGAAUGGCUGCUAAAUCAGUUAACAGUACGGUUGCAAAAUCCUGGACCAGUGAAUCUGAAAGAUGAAGAUAUGUUGGGUUUAUGUGUCACAGAUUCUGACGAUGCUAACAGUUCCACGUCUUCAGUUUCGAACAACCAGAAAGUAAAGGUUCGAGAGUUCAUCGAAGAACUACUGUCGACAAUGUUGAACGGUCCGUUAGACGAUGUAUCCGUUGGAAAAUUAAUGGAAAAUGAAAGCUACAUAAAGGUGUUCCACAGGUAUCAUUCUCAUUUGAGCAGGUGUCUGUACAAUCUCGAGCUAUCGAUUCAUCAGUCACUGUCGGAUCUGCCAAUAUGCGAAGGUCAAAAGUUUCCCGAGAGCCCAAGCGACAAACACUUUGAACUUCGUAAGCUGAUCCAACGCAUCCUAGAUGAGGUGGCAAAGUUACCGGAGCUACUGAAUCAAAGUGGUCAUCCAUUGCGGCCGGAAGAGCAUCUACCCUAUUUCAGUCCGAAAAAAUACGAGCAGCUGUUGGCGACGGCCGUGCUCAAUAAGGUGGUGGAGGACUACCGCAAUCCGAAAAACUUUGAGCACGUUAAUAGUUCGGCUGAGCCAACUCCAACCAAGCAGCAGCUGGAAGUAAAAGAAACUGCUACGGAACCGAUCAUCUCAGAACCGGUAACAACAGCCACCUUCGACAUCAAUCACAACAAGGUAUCCGGUAAUAGUGAAUUAAUCCAAGACAAUCUUAGGCAGAUGUCCAUGAAUGCUGAGGAAGUCCAGUUAAAAGAGGAACUUUCCAGCCGAUCACUAUCGGAAUCAGACGAAUCAUAUCUGAGUGAUUAUAUACAAAAACACACAGUUCCACUCCCGGAUCUGUCGGACACGACCGGAUCAAGUCCCGAGGACGACAUAGUGUCACUUAAAUCAAACGCCACCGACGGAACGUGGGAAGAAAAUUGGCUAUUCAAAAGGCGUCAACUGAAAUCGAAGGAAUCCUCCAUAGCAAUGCUUGUGCCAUCGCCGACAGAAGAAGUGAAAGCGUUGAUCGGAGACCAGAAUGCCGAUGAAGUGAGUGACUUAUCAGAAACCGGAUCUGACUUCGAGGGAUAUGAAUCCGAUAGUGUCGGAAAAGACGCACCCCUGCCUUUUUCAACUUCGUCGAUACCUAAUACAGCAAAAACUUUAGAAGAUAUCGUGCUAGAUAGCCUGAUUUCGAUUAAUUCAGUUGCUUCUGAUGAGCAGGCUCUCUCGGAAGCAAAAAAUAGUCUACUAUUGACUGAAAUGUCAAAUAAUGCAUUAAAACAAAGCUUUCCGACCGAUGGUCUAGUAAGUAUAGAAACAGGUACAGGAAAAGCGGAGGCAUCGAAUUCGACAUUGCUUAAGACUAGUCAGAAUCAGUUGGCCAAUAAUUCCGAAUCUGAAUUGAUAAGUCACCAAAGUUAUGGAGCAGCUGCAGUUGAAACAGAUGAUGUCAAACUAAUGCAGGAACGCAUUCAAAAUGAUCAAACGCAAAAAGAUAUCGAAGGAAAUAUACUGCAUCCAAUUGGGAUUGCUCGAACAAUCGGCAACGUCGACAACCAAACCUCUGAGUGUGAUCGAAAAGAAAUCCCAAUAGACCGAGAGAAAGUCACUGAACCGGAUGGGUCCAUGGCUUCUCGUUGGGUUCUUUCACCUGCGGACAGCUUCAACACCGCUGACGAAAGUGAAUACAAAACUGUCUCCAUGGGUAACUCAGAAGCAUCGGCAAACGUUGAGCUUGAUUCUGAUGCCAGCUUAGUGCUUGAGGAUCAAUACUCUCUCGAUUCACUGGAAACAUCUUUACCAUACGAGAAAUGUCGGAACAACGAAGACGCUAACGCCAGUGAUCAGAACAUUCUAUUCGAUGUUUCGGGAAUAGAGCAACUGGAGGCUAUAAAAUUUCCUCCAAAUUUAUUCGAGAUCACUGAGUCACCUGCUGUUGUUUUUUAUGUGUGUGAACCGAAUAUGCAUGAUUUUGCUGCGCAAUCAGAUGAUGAGACAGAUGAAGAAGAUCAGGGUGCAAGAAUCGAAGAAAUUACAGAACAGGACAUAGACAGAAGCGAUCAGAAUCCUUGUGAACGAAUUUCAAUUAGUUUUGAAGAGUCAAGUGAGCAGCCCAGCGAUGAAGAAAAUGCGGAAACAUCUGCCAUUGUUGUCAAUACAUGUGAUCCAGAAAUACUGGAACUGACUGAAGUUGUGACUACAAAAAGCGAACAAGUUAUAGACCUAAAUAUUAUUAACAAUAACCGAAGCUCCGACAAACAAGUGGAUAUCAGUUCUGAUGUCUCAAACGAAGAAGAUCCUACACUUUUGCAUUCUUCAAACAGUUCUGAUCAAAUGAAUCAAGCAUCCUUGGUCGAACGAGAACAGAUCGAUAAACUGACAAUUAUUUCAGAUGGUACUGCACAUGCGAACGAGUUGAACGCAUUCAGUUAUACCUUACAAUCUCAGACUGAGCCAAACGGGACCAAUCUUUCGGACCUCAACAUUGAAUGCACCACUAGCUCCGCAUCAGAAUUUAGCAGUAAUGCUGACAAGCCAGAUACGGUGAGCAAUGUUAUUGGUGUCAAGGAAAAUAUUUAUCCACAGAAUAUCGACGAUGACACGCAGUAUGGGAAAGAUGAACACCAUCAAUGUGCGGAAAAUAUAGUAAAUUUACAGCUUUCAGAUUUUCAAGAUCUUUGCGCACCAAAGGUUGUAUUGAAUGUUACCAAUGAACUAUUGAGAGAUUCUAGUCAGAAAGUGCCUGAUGCGUCCACUGCAUUGGAAUCCGAUUUAGCUAUCACAAGUGAGAAUCAAAACGAAAUUCUACUGAUGAGAGAACCUCAGAAAUCCGACAGUCAAACUGUGAAGAGUAAACAACCAUUGAGUCAGGAAAGCAGUUUGGAAUCUGAAAAAUCACUUAUCAUACAAACAAAUUCCGUAAAAGGAACACACGAGCAAAACAGUGAAUCAAAAAUCAAACACAAAUUGUUGAGUGAUUCGAGCCAUGAUUCACAAGACACAACAGAAUCUGCUGAUUCGGAAAGUAGACAUUCAGCAAUUAUGGUGAGUUCACUCACCGUUGGAAAUCAAACAUUCACUGAUCCUUUGCCAAUCAAUUCAUCCACUGAGUCGUUCGCACAUCAGGUUGAGUAUGAUGACUCGAUUUCGAUUCGCAAUGAAACCACAAAUCCAAAUGAGAAAACGGACAAAUGUAGUGAUCCACUGUCAGGAAAAGCUGAUAACAAUCAGCAAUUAGAGCAACAAAGCAUCGAGGAACCCGAAUCAGUUUCGAUUGAGAAUCUGAAUGAUCAGGAUGCUACCAAGAUACCAUCCUCAACUAAUACUUCGUCAACGAAUUUAUCAGUGAAUAUUUCUCAGAUACAACAAAUUAGAACAAGCGAUGAAAAUGAUGUUGGUUCAAAUAACAUCACUGUUAUGGAACAAGAAAGUAAUCCUAUAAGUGAUAUUGGCUCCUCCUGUGAUAACCCGCAGCAAAUGUCGGAACAAACUGAUUUCGAGAGUGACACAAUCGAAAAACAGCAACAGUUGAGUUCUUCGCUAGACGACUCCGUCAACACAGCUGUGCCUCUUUCUGAUAUAGAUAAUUCAAUAAUCAUAGAAAAUGAACCACCAAAUUCUACUACCCGAAACGGUGAAUGUGAUGAACAUUGUUUGACUGUAGAAAACAAAGUCGACAGUACAUUAGAAAACAUGAGCUCUCUAAAAAUGCAUAAAAAAUCGGAUCAUAGGGUGCUAACCGUUGUCAAAGAUGAUGGAUCGGGAAAUUUGCAAGAAACGGAAGCUACUGAGCUCGAUACAAUUGAAUCAUCUGAGCUUUUGAGAAUCGAUUCUUCAAAUCAAACUUCUAACGUUACCGAUUUCGAUGGAUCAAAAAUCAUCAACAAAAGCAUUGAAUGUGAAAAGAAGAACAUCGAAAACGAAAAUUUUCCGACGUUAAAAACAACAGGACGCAAGUCACCGCCUGCUUCGAUCAUUGAAUUGUCUGCUCUGAUGGAAGAUUCUGUUCAGAAUACGAACGAGACCGAAGAAUUAGGCUGCCGGGAGAGUGCAAUUGCGUCUACUGCAGCAUAUGCUUUAGACACUAAUGAAAUUCAAAUACCCGAGGAUUCGUUAUCCGACGAUUCACUAGAUUCAAACAAAAGCAUGUCGAAAAUCGAAAUAGAAAAUUUGGCCCUUGAUGAGACUAAAGUUGACAGCAACAUCACAGAAAACAGAAUUGAGCAAGAAUGCACCACCAUAUCCGGAGAUGCCUGUCAGAAUGUUCUGAUAAAUGUCGACAAUAUUAAUACUGAAACAGAAGAGCUUGAUACUAUUGGAACUGAUGUUAGUUUAAUUCCAUCCAAGGUCGAGAGCAUCUCACAAAGUAUCAAAUGUGAUGCACUGAAUAACAUAGACAAUAAUUCGAAUGUUGAAAAUGAAGCAACUAUUGUAACGAGUACAGGUGAUGGAAGCCAAGCAUCAGAAGAUCUGGUGACAAACUCACUUUUACACAAGAAGACAGAUUUCUCAACUGUUGAAGAGACUUUGGAUGCUACUGAAAGUCGACCGGAAAUCGAUGCUACGGAAGAUGUUAAUACACAAGAUGCUGGAACACCCAAUCCAUCGAUGCCACUCGAGGAAGCCGAAUGUUUUGCUCUCACAGAUAAUGAUGUUAACACUGAAACGAUCAAGUGUAACAAUCAGAUCGCUGAAUGUGAAUACAAUAAUGCAUCGGGAAAUACGACAACAUCACCAACUGUUGAUGAAACCCCGUUAACAUGUGUUGAAGAUAUCAAUUCACUAAACGCAAAAUCGCGGGAGACAACGAAAUCAAUGGCUUUUGAUCAAGAUACAACUGAAAAGCAACAAUCCACGGAAUGUUCAAAUGAACUCGAAUCCAACAAAGUAGAUCAAUCCAAUAAUGAAAAUCGCUUUUCUGAAGGAAUUGAAAAUUGCUCACCCACAAAUUCGGAGACAGUUGAUGGACAGCUUCAGGAAGAAUCACAACAUCCGGUAAAUGUUUCUUGUCUAGAGAUGCAUGACAACAUUGAAGUAUCAACUCUCGAACCAGAGUCACCCGUUCAAGUAGUUUCGGAUAUGGCAGUUGACACUUCAGAAAAGCAAUCAUCGGAUCAAAAUGCAAACUCCUUUGAAAUUAUCGACGAAAAAGAAAUAAUUGUAGCAACACCAGAUAACUUCCAACACAAAUUUCCUAUUGUUGGGGAAUUUGAAGACGCAACCACCGAACAAGGCAUAGCUUUGAAAGAUAAUACAACUAUGCGUAAUGAACUUGACACAAUUAAAAAAGAAAAAUCAAUGGAAUCGUUGAAGGACCAUAACACGAAUGAAACGGUACACGUUUCUGACAUAGAAAAUUCAAGCACUUCCGAAAAUGCUAGUGAAAACCUGACUCUCUCUGAAAAUGAAAAGAAUACACAAAAUAUGGAAUGUAUUGAAUUGAAUAUGGUAAAAGAAAGUGAUUCAGGGCAUAUUGAAGCGGCUAGUGCAUUCACUGCGAUAGAAUUGUCUACUAUUGAAGAGACAUCCGAUACUAGUAAAUUAGCAGAUGCAGUGAUGAACAUUACUGAGACCAAUACAUCAUCAGAUGUCGAAAAUGUCAUUGACGAUUGUGAAAAGCAUAUCAAAAAUUCAGAAAGUUCCUUAAUGUGCAAUUCAACUGUUGAAGUAGAAUCGUUUAUAGAUGUCAAAGAUACCGAUUUACGAAACGAGGAAGAAAUGAUAAAUUCAGUUGCUGCUGAACUCCAAACCUCUGAAAAACAACAAUCAGAGGAAUUUGUGAAUGAUCGUUCAAUCUAUCAAGCAACAGAGAGCAUUGAUGUAGACCAAUCAGAAAGUGAAAUCCAAAACAAUAAGAAUAUCGAUGCAGUAGGUAUCGAGCAGCAUACAGAAAAUGAUAAAAAUACAAUGCAACUUCAGGAACAUAUCGCAGGUGGAUCACAACAACUGGAGAUACCCGACACAAAUCAAGUACCUUCUGCUAAACCAUCCGUUCAAAUUGAAUUGGAAACCGCUGAAAUACAACAAGCAGAUAAUUGUUCACGAGCAGAUCCUUCAGAACAAAACAUAAAAUCACAGAAACAGACUUCCGAUACUGAUACUGAUGAACCUGAGAGUUUCGAACCAAAAAUUCAUAUUGUAAGCCAAGCAGUAAAUGAGAGUAGCGUCGCCAGUGAUGAAAUUAUAGAUAUUGUUCUCGAGAAUUCGAAAAUUACAGAAAACGCAUAUCAAAUCUUAACUCCCUGUAAACAAGAUAAUAACACACAAUCUGUCGAAUGUGUCGAGCUGGAUAUGGCAAAGGAAAAAAUAUCUAAUAUUGAAAAUGAAACAACAAUAGAAGAAACGCACCUAACAAACUUUGAACCUUUGAACCGAACAUCAGAGGAUCUGGAAAUAAACGCAAGUACACUCCCCAUGGAAGAGUCAAUUGAUACUAUUCAGAAGAAAGUACCAGAUACCAUUUCAGAAACACACAGUCUCUCAACAUCACUUAAAGAUGUAGAAAAACCUGAUGAUUAUGUAACGAGUAAAGAAUGUAAUGAAACAGUUCCAACAAGCAGUCAAAGUGUGCACGAAAACUUGCUGGAAGAUGUUCAAGAUGGCAAUUUACUGGAGAAUGAUUCUCAGGGAUCAAUCGAUCUAGUGGAUAUUGAAAACCCUGUCAUCGAAAAUAAUCAACCAAAGGAGUCAGAGGAAUUACUUGCAAUAGAUCAUUUACAAUGCAAAUCAGAUACCACGAGCUUUGACAAUAUCGCUUCAAAAAGCAUUGAAAUUGACAAGCAGGAUAUAGAAUCUAAACAACACUCGAAUACGCAAUUGAAUCAAUAUUCAACAGAAAAUUUAUCUAUCGUUUCUGUGCAGAUUCAAGAACAUGUCAUGGGAGAAUCACAAAAAAACAUUCUACAAGAUGUGAAAGAGGAACAGCUACAGCUCACCUCCGAAAACUUGAGCUGUGCAUCGACCAACCAAACCAGAAAUGCCACCGAAAUCGAAAUGUUAAGCGGUAUCGAAAAGAAACAAGCAAUGGACGAUUCAACGAGUACGAACAAUUCUGAAAAAGAUGGCGUACCUUCGACUGAAAGAGAUUCUAACAUCAAUCAUUUAAAUGAAAAUCCACAAGAACGUGAAGAUUUCGAAAAUGAUACACACUCAGUACAAGAAAAUUUAGAUAAUGAUGAGAAGCCUCUAUUUAUGCAGAAAGGUUCAUCAGAUACUACUGCUUUCUCUGAUACUGUCCCAAUUCAGUCUCUAGAAGAAAUAGCUAACGACAUCAAAAAUAAAGAAUGUAACGAACUGGUCGUAGAAAAAGAACACGACAGCACUGAAGAAAAUAUAAUUACUUCAACACCUAAUCUUACAAUUGAUGAUAAACCGUCAAGUGCUGUCAAGACCAUCGAAUCACCGAACGCGGAUUUACAGCAAGUAUCGACUCCAGUUGAUACCGAGCUGGAUGAAAUUGGAAAUGAUACAUCGAUAAAACCUACAGAACAGAUUGAUGGACUAAAUGUAGAUGAUAAAAACGAUACAGAUAAAAAAGAGUUUCAUGCUAAAUCAGAAAACACGACUUCCUCGACCAACCAGACGAUUGUCGAUGAACGCGAACGAUUGAACGAAAACACUCAGGAAACAACAAAAGUAGUAGAUGAAAUGGCUACAAAUGAACUAUCACAAGAAUCCUUGAAAGUUGACACAACCGUAGAUGUUCUUGAAGUAACUGAAGCUACAAGCGAUAUCUCCGACAAAAACAAUGUCGAUCCAGAAAUUACUGCUGGUAUGGAAAUUGAAGAACUUGUGAUUAAUUGUCAGAUUUCGGAUCAAAGCUCGGAAAAUAAACCUACAGAAGCGAAUGAAGUAGCAAAUAUAGUAGGAGAAAAUUCACCUAACGAAUUAAAUAGUAUCGCUCAACAACAAACGUUAACAUUAGCUAGCCUCGAACAAGACGUGAUCGAUAUCGAACCGAAUGAAUCUUCUAAGCUCGACUCGUCAAGAACAAGCGAUGAAAUUCUUGAUGUAGAGUGUCUUACAAAAGAACUAGUAACAACAGAAAAUAAUGUUCAACCUGCGCCUGAAAACACAACUUUCUCAACAAGUAAUCAGAUUAUCGAAGAAAGCUCACCGGCAGAUGUUGGAAUAAACUAUUCCCUGAACGAGGAUUCCCAGGAUACAAUGAAAACAGUAGAUUCUAAAAUGGUUACAAAUGAGCUAUCACAAGAAUCCUUGAAAGUUGGCCCAACUGUAGAUGUUCUUGAAGUAACUGAAGCAACAAGCGAUAUCUCCGACAAAAACAAUGUCGAUCCAGAAAUUACUGCUGGUACGGAAAUUGAAGAACUUGUGAUUAAUAGUCAGAUUUCGGAUCAAAGCUCGCAAAAUAACUGCACCGAAGUAAAUGAAGUAAAAGAAGAGCAAUCAAUGCAUUCUUUGCAACAGAAUUCACCAGUCGUAACAGUAACUACAAACGAAGGUGUUCCUCAAGAUGAGACAACAAUACAUGCUCCAGAAAAAGAAACAGAAAAUAUAGUAUCUUUCACAGACAAUCCAAUGAUCGGAGAAAAUUCACCUAACGAAUUAAAUAGUAUAGAUCAACAACAAACGUUAACAUUAGCUAGCCUCGAACAAGACGUGAUCGAAAUCGAACCGAAUGAGUCUUCUAAACUCGACUCGUUAAGAACAAGCGCUGAAAUUUUUGAUGUAGAGUGUCUUACAAAAGAACUAGUAACAACAGAAAAUGAUGUUCAAACUGCACCUGAAAACACAACUUCCUCAACAAGUAAUCAGAUUAUCGAAGAAAGCUCACCGGCAGAUGUUGGAAUAAACGAUUCCCUGAACGAGGAUUCCCAGGAUACAAUGAAAACAGUAGAUUCUAAAAUGGUUACAAAUGAGCUAUCACAAGAAUCCUUGAAAGUUGGCCCAACUGUAGAUGUUCUUGAAGUAACUGAAGCAACAAGCGAUAUCUCCGACAAAAACAAUGUCGAUCCAGAAAUUACUGCUGGUACGGAAAUUGAAGAACUUGUGAUUAAUAGUCAGAUUUCGGAUCAAAGCUCGCAAAAUAACUGCACCGAAGUAAAUGAAGUAAAAGAAGAGCAAUCAAUGCACUCUUUGCAACAGAAUUCACCAGUCCUAACAGUGACUACAAGCGAAAGUGUUCCUCAAGAUGAGACUACAAUACCUGCUCCGGAAAAAGAAACAGAAAAUAUAGUAUCUUUGACAGAUAAUCCGAUGAUCGGAGAAAAUUCACCUAACAAAUUAAAUAGCAUCGAUCAACAACAAACGUUAAUAUUAGCUAGCCUCGAACAAGACGUGAUUGAAAUCGAACCUAUUGAGCCUUCUAAACUCGACUCGUCAAGAACAAGCGAUGAAAUUUUUGAUGUAGAGUGUCUUACAAAAGAACUAGUAACAACAGAGAAUGAAGUUCAUAAUGCACCUGAAAACACGACGUCCUUGACAAGUAAUCAAAUAUUCGAAGAAAGCUCACCGGCAGAUGUUGGAAUAAACAAUUCUCUGAACGAGGAUUUCUUGAAACACAACCCACCAGUAGAUGUUCUUGAAGUAGUACAAUCUGAAAGCCAAAUCUUGGACAAAGACAGUAUUGCUUCAGAAAUUAUUAAGAAGCAAGAUGUGGAAACUGAAAUACUCUCGAAUUUGGGGACUAAGCCAUUACUCGAUCAUCUACCGCUUGAUCAGCAAACAUCACACAAUCAAGCGAGAGAUUCAAAUCAAAGUGUUCAAGAAACCAGUAUAAAAAGUAAUGAGACUCCGGUUACACUUGAGAGUCUUCCUCAAGAUAAGAAAGAAAAAGCGGAAAAAGAAACAGAAGAUAUAACAGUCAAUCUAAUGAAGAAUGAAAAAAUAGCUGACCCCGAACAAGAUGUAAUUGAUCUUCAGCAGCCAAAUGUGUCUUCUAAACACGAAUCGUCAAAUAAAAUUGCCGAACCCCUUGAUGUUCACCGUCCGACACAAGAUAUUGACGGCGGAGAACUGGAAUCAAAAGAAAAUACAAUUCGUAGUGUUGAUGAAAACCUACUUACAGAAAUUAUAGAUAACGAUUCAAUGAUCGAGAUCUCUCAAGAAACAAAGAAAGUAGUAGAUUCUGAAAAAGGUACAAUUGAAAAACAACAAUCACAGGAAUCCUUAGAAGUCAAACCAUCAGCAGAUGAUUUUGAAAUUACUGAAUCUAUGUGCGAAAUUUCCAGCUUAGAUGAUGUCAGCUCAAAAAGCUUUGAUGGUGAAAAGCCAGACACGGGAACUGAAGGUCACCCGACUACUGAAAUUGAGACAUGUUCAACUACGAACACAUUAACCAACAAUGCACAGGUUGAUCAGCUAACGUCACCAAAUCUAUCGAUCGAUUCAAAUCAAGAAACACAAGAUGCCUAUAUUGAAAAUAAUCGAGCCGUGGUUACGCACGAAAGUAUUCCACUAGACGAAACAAAUGUAAACACAAGUGACUAUGGGUGUGAUGUUACUGAUAGAGAAACAGAAUCCUCAAAAGUCAAUCCAAUUAUCGAUGAAAACUCAUCAAACGAACUCAAUAGUAUCGACUUGGUAGGCGAUAACUCAUUAACUGACCUUGAACAAAAUGAGAUCGAUCUUCAACAACUCGACAAAUCUCAUUCCCCAACAACAGAUUACGUCGAAUGUCAUCCAAACGAGUUGGAUAAAGUUAACCAUGAAUAUAAUAACGAUUUGAUUAAAGAUAAUACUGUUAGUUCAAUAACGAGUGAACCACACAUGGAAAUCCAAACAAACGAACAAACAUUGCAAUCACUACACGAUUUAUCGAUUGUCUCAAACCAUAACGAUACUAGCGAUGCAUCAAAAGCUUCGGACUCCAAUGUAAAUGUCGUCGAUACAAUAUCCUUCGAAUGUGACAAACUGUUAUCAGAAAAGGAUGGUAAUUCGACAGUUGAAGAUAUGAUGGAUAUAACGCCAAUCGUUCCGACUACAAACAUACAAAUUAAUUCAGCUGAUUCUGGCAACAAUGAAAACCAGGUCACAUUAGGAGAUUUACAGAUGGAACUGCCUCUGGAGGACCCAUCUGUACUGCACGGUGAAAGCAAAAAUAUAUUCACUGGUGAAAAAGACAGUGAUGUAAACUCAAAUGAAUGUCACGAACAAUUAAUCGAUAGCAAAACAUCAGAAAAUAUGAUUUCCUCGUUGAAUACAUCAAUUGAGGAUGAAAAACCACCAGCAGAUUUCAAAGAUAUCGAUUCGUUAAGUGAUAUAAAUUCGACUGUUUCGGUGGAACAUUUAAGUAUCGGUUCAAUUUCUAACGCUAAGGACGACACUCAACAGUUUGUGGAAGAGAACCACGAACUAGCUAUCGAGAGUUCUGAAGAUACUCAUGUGCAUGAAGAAAAAGGCAAAUCGGAACCAGUUUCUGUCGUACGUUCCGUAACCGAAGGGUCUACAAUAGAUAAAAUUAUUCAACUACCGGUCACCAUUAGCGAACAAAAUCAAGUCGAAUUUCAAGUAUUACAGAACACUGUACACAACUCAGCAGAAGUUACAAAUUCUACUAUUGUUUCUGAAUCUACAUUCGACGAGACCUUAAAGACUACAUCUACACAUACCAGUACUGAACAUGAAGAUCACCUAAUUGAUAACACGGCUGAAUCACUUCCAGAUUACACGGGUUCCGAUCUUACCGAACCAUCCAGCCCGGAAGAUACAUCGACGGAAGCGAUCGCUGGAUCCAUUGACAGAGCAUCUAGCCUCGAGGAUGUUGAUUCAUCAUUUACGGGAGAAAAAACGGCGGAGACUGCAAUCGCUGCGGUAACAAGACAGAUGCGACAAUAUUGCGAAGAAUUGAAAGGUAUUCUCCAUGCUCAUCAACCGCUGGAACAACACGGAGAAGAAUUGGAGAAUGUCGCAGAUCUUAAUGACAAUACAUCAAUAUGCAAAACAGAACUUGGUGUAGAGGCUGACGAACAAUGUGUAGUAGCAAAUCCACUCGACGCUUUUGAACUGAAAUCAGCGGAAUAUAACCAGAGCUUACGACAUAUUGACUACGUAGAGGAAGAUGUAGCUAUAACCGAAAGUGCGGAACAUUUUUUAAUGGAAAAUCUGAAUCUUGUUACCACUUGCGAAGCAGUUAAUGUAAUACCGAGUGCGGAAGAGCAUGCAGUCAAUUCAUCAAUUCUAAUAGAGCAUACACCGACCCCGGAACCUUUUCCAUCGUACGUUUACGAAAGACAAAUAACUGCCAACAUUGAAGAUGUUGAAUCACUUCCUCAAAGUUCCCAGCUUACUCUGCAGGACAGCAUCACUUCAAUCGAUGACAUUGAUCGUCUAUCAAAUUCUCCGGACAUGGCAGAACAAACCAUAGAUGACAUAACACCGCCGUUCAAUCGAAGUGACUCGGAAAUGUCUUCACUAUGCUUCUCUUUACCUACGGUUUGUGUGUUGAAUGGCACUAAUAGCACUAACCAAACCACUGCUGAUACUAACACCCUAGAUUUGCAUGAUCAACCUCAAAGUUUUGUAUCGGAAACCUCUUUCUUGACAAUAGCAUUAGACUCAUCUGAACCUCCACAACUUUCAGCACAAUCAGAAACCAACGUACAUAAACCAAAUGAAAUCGAGGAUGUAGACGAGGGAGCUUCAAGUGAAAUGUUAAUUCCUGGAUCUAUUGCCGAGCGUGAGCACCUAAAAUGGCGAAACGCAACUCCAAUCGCCAACAAUCCUUACUCGGCAGAUAUUCUGCAGAAGAGGCUAUCUGAGUCAAACCACAAGUCGACAUUUGAUGACCUUAGUCGGCUCACAAGCAAAGAUACUUUAGAAUGUCAUCUCGAACCAGAAGGCAACAGCGAGAUUGUGGAGAACGAUCGAUCACUGCAAUCGGUGAUUGAUGGAAACCCAAUUCAAUACACGAGGUAUGGUCGAGAUUACUAUAUAAACGACGCGAAACGUGCCUCAGGGACCAGGAAACAAGCUAGUGUUGGUCAAGCUGCUUCCCACAGUACAGAUGAUGAGAAAUCUCUUUUUUUGUCACAGAAACAGGAUCACCAGGUCGAUGAACCUUUUGCUUCGCUGUCUAGUCCCUUAGUGAGUGAGGAAUUGAAAUCGGAAGAAAACUCACUUGAAAAUUUCCAAAACCAGCAUACAAUUGUCAGCGGCAGGUCCGCUAAGGGUGUCGCAGACAGUCCCGUUUCAAAUCAAGUUUCCAGUGGAAAUUAUCUUAGUACCGUGGCACGUGAAAAAUUUCUAUCACCGGCAGAUGAAUCGACAGUCCCACAAACAGUCGACUCAUGUUCAGAGAUUAGUAUCAACUCAAGAGCUGAUGAAAGUCUAACAUACAGUGAAGACUCUGAUGUGACUAGGAUCUACGAAAUCGGCACCGGAGAAACAAAGUUGGUACACGGCGACAUCUUGGCCCAAUCAUGUACUAGUCAAAAUGAUGAGGAAGCAAUUAGCAGCUAUAGUAACAACGUAGUUUCCGAAGAAAUAAUUGAAAUUAUUCCUCAAACUGAUGUCUUCACACCAAUGCAGCAAGAAAGAGCCUCCAGCCCUACUAUUGACCGAAGUAACUUGAUAAAACCUCGCUACGUACGAAUGAAGCAACUGUCACCACAAACAAUAAGGUUCUUUUCACCAAAAAAGGGUUUCUCACAAAAUGAUAGCAGUCUCACAAGCUCCGCACUGUUGUCACAAUCUACUGAUGAAAUUCGGGAUCUGUCUCAUCUGCAUUCCAAUCAAUAUCACUCAUCAUUACACCUCGAUUUCCCCGCUAGUCGUAGUGUGCCUUCGCACGAGUUUACCAUUGAAAAAGAGGUAAUGGAAGUAUUACCAUCGGUGAAGGAACUUGCGAAGUGCUACAUAAACUCUGAGGUCGCAACGGUUCCAAAACCCAUCCUGAAACCAAGGAUCAAGCUUCGGAAGGAUUUCAUCCGCCAAUCCACGGAUACGAUCAACGAAAAGUCCCAGGCUGACGACGGUAGCGGUAUGCCCCAAAUGAAGGAUAAAAAUCAACGGAUGUACAAAAGUACCAGUAGCAUCAGUGCGGCAGAUGAAAUUCGAGAAAUUCGUCGACUGAACCUGGAAGUGUACAAUCAGCAAACAUUCGUUCCGAUGGCCCCAGGGCACAGUAUUACAGCACGCAGUCUGUCUAAGCAAAUCAGAGAAGACUUGAAGACUAACGCAACCGAUGACCUUAAAGUACACGGUGGACAUGGACACAGCAGCCCUGAAAGACCUAGCAGCCCCGUUUUCGAGCCCGGCCAUCUUCGCACUAGUAUAGAGUUUUUCGAAAAUCUAAAGAACAAAUAGUCUAGAGUCUACAACGUAGUCAAAUAUUUAUAAAAUCGAGCUAUUUCAGCAGUGCCAUUAUGAUGUCAGUACAUGAAAAAUGAUACCAAAAUUUGGGCAAAACAUUAUUUAUUUAAAAUUUGCAUUUAUUUAUUUUGAAUUUUAACUGAAAUAUUCAGUUUACUGAGAUCAUUUGACAUUUAGUCAAACGUUGAAAAACCAAUAG